CUCACUCCCCCCCCCCCCCCUUCCCCCCUUCUCAUGAUCUCAUCUCAGACCCUCCCAUUCUAUCUUCGUUAACUCUCACUCCUUCCAUUUCUCUUACACUUUACAAUCUACAUAAAUACAUAAAUAUAACUGUGUGUGUAUGCACACACUACUUUUUUCCUGUUUAUAAUUUGCGAUGGCAACCUCGCAGUGCUUUGUGAAUCCACCAAACCUCAGCUCAACUUGUGGAGCAGGGUGUGUGCAAGAGCUAGGAGGUUUGAAGACCUAUAUCACUGGUCCCCAAGAUUCCAAGCUCGCGAUCCUUCUUGUUUCUGACGUUUUCGGCUAUGAAGCUCCAAAAUUGAGGAAACUUGCGGACAAAGUUGCGGCUUCUGGGUUUUUCGUUGUGGUUCCUGAUUUCUUCUACGGCGACCCUGUUGAUCUUGAUAACCCUCUGCUGGAUCGAGAAGCAUGGAGAAAGGCUCAUGGCACCGAUAAAGGAUGUGAAGAUGCCAAGGUAGUAAUUGCUGCUUUAAGAAGCAAGGGAGUUUCUGCUGUAGGGGCUGCAGGUUUCUGCUGGGGAGGAGUGGUAGUUACAAGACUAGCGUGGACUGAAGACAUUCAGGCUGCAGUUGUAUUGCAUCCUGGUCGCAUGACGGUAGAUGACAUUAAGGAGGUUAAGACUCCAAUUGCUAUAUUGGGUGCUGAGAUUGAUAAUGCUUCCCCACCGGAACAAUUGAAACAUUUCGGGGAGAUUUUAUCUGCAGAAUCUGGGAUUGAUAACUUUGUUAAGAUAUUCCCCGGUGUAGCUCAUGGAUGGAGUGUGAAAUACAAUGUUGACGAUGAAUCAGCAGUCAAGAGUGCUGAAGAGGCCCACGAAGACAUGUUAAACUGGUUUAUGAAGUAUGUGAAGUGAAAAGGUUCUGGAUGAAUUGAAGAAUGAUCAUGUAACAGGUUCAUACAAGCCUGCACUAUGCAGGCAAAUGUAUCUUCUUUUACCAAUGAGUUUUUAGCUCAAAGGGUAGCUCCUUAUCCUUUUAUGUAGCAGGUUAAAGGUUCAAGUUUCCUUGCGUCUGUUGAGUUGGGUGGGUGCACUCUUACAACACCCCCCCCCCCCAACCAAAAAAAAAAAAAAAAUUGUGUUUUCUUUU